AUGUCGUAUGUGCUGAAAAAACUUGUUAUCCUAGUAACAUUUUUAUUGACAUGGAGAUUAAGUUAUUGUGUCACUUAUAAACUUACAAAUGUGAAUUGCGCAAGCCACAACAAUUCAUGGGUUACAAUCAACGAGUGUCGCUUGAAGGCUGUCAGUCGAAAUAGAACAGUUUUUAACUUCAAUGCAACCUUUCAUCAUCCGACUAAUGAUAUAGUAAUGAACUACAGAUUUUUGAAAAGGGAAAGCGGAUAUAAGCCAUGGUUGUACAAAAGGAAUAUCGACGGUUGCCGUUUUUUAAAAAAGCCCUACGAUAUUCUGACCAUAUUGAUAUACACUGUUUACAAGGACUUUUCAAACAUAAAUCACACUUGCCCGCUUUAUGGAGACAUUUUGAUAAGAGGAAUGUACCUAACGACUCAAAUUAAGGCCAUUCCCUAUCCCUCCGGCGAAUAUAUGCUGCAAAUUAACUGGAUUUUCUAUCGGAACAUUCAGUUCGUAACCAAUGUUAGUUACGAAUUCAUUGAAAAUUUAUUGUAA